GAAAAGCGGGCUUGUUCAUCCGGCUUUAGGUGUCUUUUUUCUGUUGUCGUCAAGGAAGAAAGACGGAAGUCACUGAGCAAAGGGAUAGUUUGAGCUGCCAUGUAGUGGAGUUUGUAACUCUCUGGAAUGAGCAAUAUGAAGAAUGGAAGCAGACGAUGUUACUAUCAGAGAGCAGAAUUUCCACAGCCAAGUGAGGGAGUACAUUAUUUGCUUCCUCCUGUUUGCUGUACUCUACAUUGUCUCCUACUUCAUCAUCACCAGAUAUAAGAGGAAGACGGAUGACCACGAGGACGAAGAUGCUGUUGUCAACAGAAUAUCUUUAUACUUGUGCACCUUCACCCUCGCAGUCUCGGGUGGCGCCGUCUUCCUGCUGCCCUUCUCAAUCAUUAGCAAUGAGAUCCUCCUGUCCUUUCCAAAAAGCUACUACAUCCAGUGGCUCAAUGGCUCCCUCAUUCACGGUCUGUGGAAUUUGGUGUCACUCUUCUCCAACCUUUGCCUCUUUGUCCUGAUGCCCUUUGCCUAUUUCUUCUUGGAGUCGGAGGGAUUUGCCGGAUCUAAAAAGGGCAUUAAAGCGCGCAUUCUAGAGACCUUUGUGAUGCUCUUCUUGCUGGCUCUGCUCAUCCUGGGUAUCGUGUGGGUGGCAUCAGCGCUCAUUGACAAUGAUGCUGCCAGCAUGGAGUCGCUCUACGACCUCUGGGAGUUCUACCUACCGUAUUUGUACUCCUGUAUUUCUCUGAUGGGAGGACUGCUGUUACUGAUGUGCACUCCUGUGGGAUUGUCACGGAUGUUCACUGUCAUGGGCCAGUUACUCGUGAAGCCAACAAUCCUGGAGGACCUGGAUGAGCAGAUUUACUGCAUCCAUUUGCAAGAGGAAGCCCUGCAGAGGAGAUUAAACGGAUCAUCCAUGUGCACGUACCCCAGAGGAGGCCUUGUCCACCAGCUCAGUAAAGAACUUGACAGUAUCCGAAAUAUGAGAAAUAAACUGGAGAGAAGAAAGCAAGCGUCAGGUUGGGAGAAGAACUUGUUGUAUCCCAUGGUGAUGCUCAUCCUGUUGGCAGGAACGACAAUCUCAGUUCUUUUGGUGGCCCUCAACAUCCUCUACCUUCUUGUAGAUGAGACCGCCAUGCCCAAAGGAUCCACGGAGCACGGCAUCAGGAGCACGUCUCUGUCCACUUUUGGCGUGGCUCAAGCUGUGUUGGAGAUCAUCCUCAUGUUUUAUUUGAUGGCUUCCUCUGUGGUGGGCUUCUACAGCCUUCGCCUCUUUGAGGGGCUCACUCCCAGGAAGGAUGACACAACCAUGACAACGAUCAUCGGAUGCUGUGUGUCCAUCUUAGUGCUGAGUUCAGCCCUGCCGGUCAUGUCCAGAACUUUAGGCAUCACCAGGUUUGAUCUGUUGGGAGAUUUUGGGAGGUUCGACUGGCUGGGAAACUUCUACAUCGUCCUUUCAUACAACCUCCUCUUUGCCGUCGUGACCACGCUCUGUCUCGUCAGGAAGUUCACCUCAGCCGUACGAGAAGAGCUCCUCAAGGCCUUAGGUCUGGAUAAAUUACAACUGUCAACCACCCCUACCGAUCCUGAAUCUGGAAAGCUGUCGGCCAACGGGCAUCAGAAAACUCUGUGAAAGGAUGGAUGGGUCAACACACACACACACACACACACACACACACACACACACACCUGAGCAAAGCCAAGGGGAGAUUUCCACAGUACAGCCUGGCUGCUGAAAGGUGAAAGGGAUUGGAGCAGAACUUAAUAAAGCCGUGCAGUGUCUGGCGGAUGCUGCAAAUGGAGGCUGAGAGCCAUUUUGCCAUGUGACAUUCCAAGAGGAGACGGAGGAGUGAGAUGGGCUGCAGUCAGCUUGAUGUGGACUGAAAAGAACACGCACUCCCUCAGCUGUGCUUCUACCAACCACCUGUGCUACACACUGUUCCUCUUUUUAGUCACCUUUCCACCAAGCGCUGCACUUCUGGUUCAUCAUUCAAGCGAGGAAGAGCUAUCAAUGGAUGGAUAUUUAGGGAUUCUUUCAAAUGGAAAGGGAAUAAAAUAAACCAAACCCAACUGCACUGCUUGGUGAAAACGAGGCUUUUAUAAAGAUCAUGUAGUGCAAUUUAUGGUCUUUUAUUAGCAAUAUGGAAUACAACACUGGACCGGCUCGGCUCAGGUUUACUCCACUGCUUUGAUAUCAGUUUUCCACUUGAUGAUAGUCCUGGGUAAAACUAGAAAAACCAGGCAGCACUAACACGUCACUGGGAAACCGACACACAACUACUGGCCACAGUCCGAUGUUGUGAAAUAGUACCUGUUUAGGAAGUGUCCUGUAGCGAGCAGGUGCAGUUGAAAAGCUCAUUGAGCCUGAUGAUGUCAUUAGUUCCAACUUAUAGGUGCGUUUACGUUCACAUUUUGCUUCCACCCCUCGUCCAAACAGGCCACUGUUGAUGAGUGUAAAUAUUGUAUUUUCUAUGUACAUAUGAAAGUCAAGUCUUCAGUGAGUGCAGACAAGCAAUGUAUAUAUAUUAGUCGUCAACGCCUCAGUCCAAAGGUGAGCAAUCCCAGAAGGUCUGCUUGGACGGGCGUGAGUUGCUCAUCUUCUCCACUGUGAGGUCGUGGGCGUGCAGAAGCACCGUAAAUGCCUUAAAGGACGAGCGUUAACCUUAAGGCUGUUUCUUUGUGAUGUGGUUUUGGUUUCCAGACAGUUCCACUGUGAUGCUAGCACGCUUCCUUUUCGCCACGACUGUUGUCAUAGAAACAUUCAAGAGUCCACCUGAUCAUGCUGUGUGUUCUUAUAUGGUGAUGUAUUUCUAUAUGCAGUAGUUACUUUCCCUUUUUGAUUAAAUAUGUGAAUAUGCAGCUCUGCUCUUCUUAAAUAAAUCUAAUUAGACUUGAGGAUUUUUCCUUCCUAUUGUGGAAACCAGAGCAGGACCAAAGAUCUGCUUUUAGGGCUGGAUAGAUUGCAGCUUUACCCAAACAUUUGGUGAAUCAUCAAGUUCUAAUUGUGUCUCAUUGCCACAAAGUGGCACAGAUCAACAAUCUACUUCUUUUUUUUUAUUUACAAGUGGUUCUUCCUACAAAGUGGGCUGCGUGGCACCAGUCAGGGAAGUUAGUUUUGGUCCUGUUCAGCCUCUAAUGAAACAUCACAGUCCGAUGCUGUGAAGCAGCUCAGUCUCUGCAUGUCAACUUUUUGGGGUACAUGUUUUGUGAAUGUAUUUUUUUAAAGUAUUUCUCAGUCUCUGUGAAUUUUUUUAUGUCUGUUUGCAAAUAAAAGUUAGAAAGAAGCUUUAUUUGU